GUGCCAUUCUUCGCAUACCAAUAAGAGUAUAUUCUUUAAAUUUACUACUAAAUUAACAUUAAAUCAAAAUUCGCCCCUUCACCUCAUCUUCAAACAUCGCAAUAGCGAGCGGUGCGCUCGCGGCCGGCACCAUUACUUCCCCGUGGAGCACGGCGACCGGCGCGCCCGACACCAAUGGCUCGGGUGGCGCCGACACCAAGCACCUCGACGUUGGAGAUGCCAGCGACGAUGAGAAGGAUAUGUCGGCGGCUGAUGCGGAAGGAGUGUGGAGCCCCGACAUCGAACAGAGCUUCCAAGAAGCGCUGGCCAUCUACCCACCUUGCGGGAGACGCAAGAUAAUCCUCUCUGACGAGGGCAAGAUGUACGGACGUAACGAGUUAAUAGCGAGGUACAUAAAACUACGGACAGGGAAAACUCGCACAAGAAAGCAGGUGUCGUCACACAUACAGGUGUUAGCUAGACGGAAACUACGCGAAAUACAGGCCAAACUGAAAGUGGACGGUGGGAUGAUGAAAGACAAGGCGAUGCAGUCAAUGAGCACAUUGUCUAGCGCACAGAUCGUUGCAGGUUUACCGCACCCAGCGUACCACCAUACGCAAUUUUGGCAACCGGGUCUUCAAGCUGGCACCUCACAAGAUGUAAAACCGUUCCCUGGCUCGGGCUACAAGGGCGUCCCAGGAGUCGGUGGUGUCGGCGUGCCCGGCGGCACGGAGGUUGCGCCGCCGCCGCCCUGGGAGGGUCGAGCCAUCGCCACACACAAACUGAGACUCGUUGAGUUCUCUGCCUUUGUCGAACACCCAAGAGACCCUGAUACGUACCCUCCAAGUACGGCGCCAGCGCAACAUCUGUUUGUACAUAUAGGUGGUACCGUCACAUACGCAGAUCCUUUAUUAGAGUCAGUAGAUGUACAACAGAUAAAUGACAAGUUCCCCGAAAAGAAGGGCGGUCUCAAAGAGCUAUACGAGAAGGGUCCACGAAACGCCUUCUUCCUCGUCAAGUUCUGGGCAGACCUCAACACGAACAACUUGGACGAUCCCGGGGCAUUUUACGGUGUAACCAGUGUGUACGAAAGCAAUGAAAACAUGACAAUAACAUGUAGCACGAAAGUUUGUUCUUUCGGGAAGCAAGUCGUCGAAAAAGUGGAGACAGAGUACGCGCGAUUCGAGGGCGGGCGGUUCGUGUAUCGCAUACAUCGCUCGCCCAUGUGCGAGUACAUGGUCAACUUCAUUCAUAAGCUCAAACAUCUACCAGAGAAGUACAUGAUGAACAGCGUGUUAGAAAACUUCACUAUACUGCAGGUGGUGUCAAAUAGAGAUACUCAAGAGACGUUGUUAUGUGCCGCGUUUGUGUUUGAAGUGUCGAACAGUGAGCACGGCGCGCAGCACCAUAUCUAUAGGCUCGUGAAAGACUGAAUCGAACCUGAGGCCCUCCUCCUGCCUCCCCCUCACUCGUACAACCAUUCCCUCUCAUCUCGACUACCGGACACGGGGACCUAUCGACUUGCUUUAAAAAAACUCUAGCACCUGUAAGUCCAAAUCAGGUCUUCCGAAUUACAUUUCUACAAGAUUUACCUGAACUGCUUCAAAAAGGCGUUUUUAAUUACGUAUUCUAAAAAAUACAACUACUUGUGUUUUAUUAUUUGAUUUUAAAAUCGGAACUUAGUCGUAUAUAAAACGUAUGUUAUUUACUUCGACAUGUGUUGUGUGUCGGUAUUAUGUUGUCACUAGGGUUGUCCCAAGUGCACAAAUAAAUAAUGAAAACCAAAUGCUACAAAAAGUUACAAAAACUCGCACGGCUAGAUGUUGACACCCGCUCCUUUAGUCCCUUCGAGACCAUGGACGUUGCAACACGUACAAAAUGCCGACGUAAAUAAGUUUUAUACCACGUUUAAAUCCCGACUAUAUAACCCGCAAAUCGUGAAAGUUUAAAUCAAAUAAAAAUUUAAAAUCGUCAAAACUUUUUGGAAGCAAAACUAGGAAUACGUUGUUUUAAUUGCGUCUUUUUGAAGCGCUCAUCUUGUAUAUCCGGCAAACCCUUUAUUCGUCACCAAAAUUAGAACGCAAAUUAUUAUUUAUCGAAAUUGUGAUCUGAAAAUUCGCUACAAGUAUUUUUGUAACUGAAUGUUUAUUGUAUAGCUCAAUUUUAAAUAUCUCUAUUAUGGUUCUGAUUGUUGUUUUUUCACGUAGAUCCACUUCCGACAUCGGAAGGCUCUAUGUAUUACAUCUAUUCAUUUCGUUUAAGUUCAUACAUACUCAUCUUGAGAAGAGAAAUCUUUCUCGUCUCAGACAAUCAAAAGUAACAAUAUUUUACAUAUAAUUCUUAAUAUAUUGUUCAGGAUAGAUUCGUGUAAAUUAAUAUCAAAUAAGAAGAUAUAGAAUUGAAUACACACAGUGCCUCUUAUAAUUAUGUUACAUUAACAUAAAUUACUUGAGCAUGUUUGGUCUUUUCACUGAGUUAAAUAGAAUACUUAAAGUUAAGAAGAAUUGACAGUGAAGAGACUAAAACCUAGUGUAGGGUACCGAGAAUCAUAAAUAAGUUUGAUAAGUAUAAUAAGUAAGACGUCAAGAAAACUUAUCAGUUGUUAAGCACUCGCGGUAUUGUAUUCUUUACCUCCGAGUUGAGAUUUCUACACUCUACCAACGUUACUUGGUCCAAAGUGGCAACUAACUUUCGUAAGGCGCUAUUUUGCGCUUUAAACACUUUAUUUUAGAUUCCUUUCUUCAUCUUAUUUUAUUUGUACUUUUAGGUCCUUUGAGACGUAGCAUUUCAUUUGUAUUUAGUUUAUCUGCCAGAUAGUAAGUCUUUGCCACAAAUGAAUGGUAUAUUUGUACAUAAUUAUUAAUGUAAUGUACCACAAAUUAAUGUGCUCAUGUGUUCACAUGGUCUCCCACGUUGCAGUAGAGUAAUAUAGAGUAUAUAAAAUUACUCAAGUUUUUAAAUGUUUGCACCGUUCACUAGUUUUUGUUUGGAAACUGUAUCCUGUCAUCACAAAUUGUUUCGUUGGCAGCUUUAAACAUCAGAGAAAAAUUCUGUCACAGCACC